GUCUCCUCCCAUUUUUUGUCUCCACAAAGAGCUCAGCGCUGAAUGAAGUGAAUCAGCCUCAGACUGUUAGAACAGUAAGAACCUCUUCUCCCCGUCUCUCUCUCUCUCCGUCUGUCUCUUCAAUCCCAUCUCUCCUUUUCUCUCUCCAUUUCUCCUCUUCUUUAUCUCACACACACAGACAAACGGCAUUAUAUACUAUCCGUCCAUCCAUCCAUCCAUUCAUCCACUGCACAGCCCAGUGAGGGAUCAGCUAGACAGAGAAAAAGCAACAGAUCAUGCUCUCUGAAGCAGAUCCAGCACAGCUCUGAGACAUCAGCCUCUGGGAUGAGACUCCAUCCAUCCUAAUUCUCUGUCCUGAAGACCUGGACAAAAACAAAACAAAAUAAGGGCAUUGCAGGCACCAGAAACUCUGGAAAUAACAUCUGGAAAGGAUUCUCGAACCCAAACCAGGUCCACAGGGACUUCCGAGGGUGCUUUGGUGUUUGUUUUUCUAUCUUGUACGGGGCUGGCGAAGGGGCCGGUGAAAGUUAGCCAAGACGCCGCGUGCUGUGCUCCGCGUGAAGAAUGCCCAGGCGCGCCUGCCCAAGCCGGUGGACACGGCGCCGGCACCUACGCCGGGCCUUUACAUGGAGCGCUCGCAGAGUCGCAUCAGCUUGUCCGCUUCCUUUGAGGCCCUGGCCAUCUACUUCCCCUGCAUGAACUCCUUUGAUGAGGACGAUGGCGACCCAGAGGGCCGCAGGUUAAAGGGCAUUCAGAGGAGUACAGAGACAGGGCUGGCCGUAGAGAUGCCCAGUCGCACAGUCCGGCAGGCGAGCCACGAGUCCAUCGAGGACAGCAUGAACAGCUAUGGCUCCGAGGGAAAUCUGAACUACAGUGGAAUGUGUUUAGCAUCAGAUGCCCAGUUUAGUGACUUUCUGGAUGGGAUGGGACCUGCUCAGUUUGUGGGCAGACAGACACUAGCUACAACUUCAUUGGGAGAUGUUGAGAUCGGUCUAAUGGAGAGGAACGGACAGCUGGAGGUGGAGAUCAUUCAGGCUCGAGGACUCAUCAUGAAGCCUGGAUCUAAGGGCCCUCCAGCUGCCUACAUUAAAGUCUACCUUCUGGAAAACGGCAUCUGCAUUGCCAAAAAGAAGACGAAGUCCGUCCGGAAAUCGUUAGAUCCCCUUUACAAUCAAGUCCUUGUUUUUUCAGAGAGCCCGCAGGGAAAGGUUGUACAGGUCAUCGUUUGGGGAAACUACGGCCGGAUGGAUCGUAAAUGCUUCAUGGGCGUGGCCCGCAUCCUAUUGGAGGAGCUGGAUUUGACAAACAUGGUGAUUGGCUGGUACAAGCUUUUCCCCACCUCUUCUAUGGUGGAUCCUACGAUGGCUCCGCUGAUCCGCCACUGCUCACAGCUGUCUCUGGAGAGCACCGUCGGGCCGUGCUGUGAACGCUCAUAAGACUAACAACUCCACUAGAUUUAUUUUUCUCUGGAAGGGCUCUCACAGCCCCCCGAUCCUAAGAGUGCUGGUUGUGCAUGACUGCGGCACCGGAACCCUCUGGAAUGUUCUAGAAUCUCUUCAGAACAAAUGACCUUUCUGCAAUAUUCCAGAAUUGACCACAGAGGGAAUGCUCUUUUUCAGCCUCCGAGACAAAGAUUUCAGGACAGGCAAAGAAUGCAGGCCAGACGUCUGGGCUUUAUUUUAGCUUUCAACACAUUAGCUUGUGAUGGUCUGUAUGAGGAAACUUCCUCAAGUUAGAUCUGAUUUCCAGAAAGCAGGUAAAUGUUUGUGCAGUCAUCACGUUGGGUGCUGCAGCGGAUUGGAUGAAACGGAUGGGUUCGUGCAAUAUGACAUCCAAUAGAGACAAGAAUGUAUCGGUAAUAAAAGGGCGGGUUUGCAUUAAUUUUCUUGUGUAAUGAACAAUACAAGAAUAGAUAUACGUCUAAAAAAGAUUCAAUAUGUGUAGUUUGAAAAGAGUCGAUGAUUUCGUUUGCACACAGAUCUUUUUCUGUUUGUGUCUCUUCCGUUUCGUCUUUCUCAUUACUGAACAGUGCCAAUGCUGCCAGCGAGUGGCUUUAUUUGUGGUUAGUGUCGAUAUUGAGUGAUAUGAAUCAGUAAUCUAAGCAGACACAUAUUUAAAAAGACUAAUUUUACAAACUCUUUUCCUGAACGGUGACAUAAUCCUGAUGAAGAAUUUUUAAUGCCAUUGUAUGCUUUUCACCAUUAAUAUUACAUGGGAAAAUGUGAAUGGAUGCAAGAUGCUGAAUUAACAUAGUGAUUAUAUAAUACAUGUGAGUAAAUGAUAUACUUACAGUUAGUGGUCGACAGAUAUGAUGAUCAAUGGCUGAAACCAAUAUCUAGAGAGCAGAGUGACAUAAACAGACAUGUUAUAUACAUAAUGUAUAUGCCAUGUACAUGAAAUGGAUGAAUUUAAAUGAACACACUUUUAGAAAAAUAUUGAAACGAGAGAAAUCUGUUUUAUUCAUUAAUAAGGGUGUGUUUUUGACGACUUAUGUAAAAAAAAAAAAAAAAAAAUUGGUCAAAUUAAUCACCAUGCCCAAUAUUUAAGAGUUUAUUACUAAUCAUUAAAAGAUAAUUUAGUUUUGCACUUUAUAAUCUUAAAUGUCUUUCUUAUAAGUAACUGCUAGUUUGGGAUAAGCCAAAGUUCAUUUUCUUCUUUAUACUCUGAUAUUAUUUGUGACUACGGGAUGCAGAAUCUUUAGUAGCAAUGAUAAGGCUGUAGCAUUAGAUAGUAGCAUACGCAUGAAAGGCAUCUUAGUUUGCCACCAUCUAAUGAGAUUUUGCAUGGAAUUGAUUGAUAGCGGAUUACAGAGCAUUUCGCUGGCAGUCGAGCAAACAUGUAGCAGCGGACGAUCAAACGAAAAUGCUGUUACAUCGCACUGAGAUGUGCUGUGUGUCGUUCUGAGCGUCGGGGAUUAAUAAAUACGUCCUGAAAUGAUGAAACAUUAGCACAGAAAGGGAAGAAAACGGCAUUCUACAUAGCCAAGAAAUUUUACGUCCAACAUAAAAUAUUUGUCUAUUUCUGAAAUAAAUACACUAUUUACCACUAGACAACUAGGAUUGUUUUUUUUUUUUUUAAGAUUUAUUCCUCUCAGAGAAGUUCAGGAGUGAUUAUUUCAAUUAACACUGAAAAACGUACCUCAAAUACCCUCAACAUAAUCAUA